AUGACCUCUCGUGACGGCUACCAAUGGACGACAGAGACCGGGCUGGUGCAAGGCGUUCCUUGUAUUGGAGUUAUCUCACCCCCUACCAACAUCACCUCCUCCCUCGAUCGCUGCGAUGUGAUUGUCAUUGGUGCAGGCUAUACGGGCCUCACAGCAGUGCGCGAUGCCUGUCUGGCAGGGUUGAAAGUCUUGCUCAUUGAGGCCCGUGAUCGCAUUGGUGGACGGUCCUGGUCCUCGAACAUAGGAGGAUAUCCCUUCGAGAUGGGAGGAACUUGGGUACACUGGGGUCAGUCGCAUGUGUGGCGUGAGAUUUCACGGUAUCAGAUGCGGGAUGAACUGGAGCCUUCGUUUGACUUUUCCCACGGGGUCAACCAUUUUCAAUUACGCACCAACCAUGGAUCCAAGACCGUCAGCCACCGAGAAGAGGAUGAGCUUCUUGCUUCCGCACUGCACAAAUUCGUGAAUGUGGAUGGCGAGCUGGGCAGGAAGAUCAUGCCGUUUCCCCACAGCGCUUUCCAUGUGCCUGCAGUCCGCCAAUACGACCAGAUGUCCGCCCAGGAUCGUCUCACCGAGAUUGCCGCCUCGCUGACCCCAGACGAGCGAGCCGUGGUCGAGAGCUUCAUUCUUCUGUGCAGCUGUGGUACCCUUGAAACCACCAGCUUUUUCGAAUUUCUCCACUGGUGGGCUCUUUGUGGCUAUACCUACCAGGGCUGCUUGGACUACCUGAUUUCCUACAAGUUCAAGCGGGGCCAGUCGAGCUUUGCUAUCAACUUCUUCAAAGAGGCAGUCUCGACAGGCAAUCUGCUUUACACCUUCAAUAGUCCUGUGCAAUCCAUCGAGGAUCAGAGCGGGAAAGUCAGUGUCACUACCCGCGAUGGCCGGAGUUAUGCAGCCGCCCGCCUGAUCUCGACAAUUCCUCUCAAUGUGCUCAGCACCAUCGCAUUUUCCCCUCCCCUGGGACCCCAGCGCACGGCGGCAAUCAAUGUGGGUCAUGUAAACCAGUGUGUCAAGGUCCAUGCCGAGGUGUCCAGCCCCGAGAUGAGAUCGUGGACAGGAAUCUCAUAUCCCUUCAACAAACUCACCUAUGCUAUCGGCGACGGGACAACUCCCGCGGGCAACACCCACAUUGUCUGCUUCGGAGGGGCUGCGAACCAUAUUCAACCGGAAGAGGACCUGAACAAGACCAAGGAAGCCGUUCAGAACAUGGCUCCUGGCAACAUGGAUAUCAAACGCUUGGUGUUCCACAACUGGUCAAAAGAUGAGUUCGCCAAGGGAGCGUGGUUUUUCUCUCCCCCAAAGCUUCUCUCCCAAGGUCUGGAUGAGCUACGAUCUCGACACGGGAAUGUGCUGUUUGCCAAUUCGGACUGGGCUGUGGGCUGGCGUAGUUUCAUUGAUGGUGCGAUUGAGGAGGGUACGCGGGCAGCAAAGACUGUUGCGGAGGAGCUGCGAUCACCGUCGACUUCGCGGCCUCAUUUGUGA